GUUGCACUAAAAAUAAUCGAUCAUGAUUCGUCAAAAUCCCAAUACACAAAUGAUGUUCCGGUUACUGUGAAGGAAUGGUGAAGUUUGUAACGUCCGCUAGGUGUUAAAUGAAAACGUGAACCUUCAUGGAGGGAAAUCUCGGGCGAGGGAGGCCCACAUUCUGCAUCAGUGAAGCUUUUGAUUUUCUAAAUAAUCCAGAGUAUGGUGACAAAAGUGGGAAAGAUGCAGAUCCCUUGGAACAUAGGUUGAAAAAAUCUAUCAGCGAUACAGGUCUCCUUACAGGAAAUCAUUCUAAUAUACAUCACACAGAUAACAACACCUACACCAUUCUCACAUUCGUACAAGCUGAUCAAUCAAAUCCAAAAGCUACAGAGACAGAGAGUUUUAAUCUGCCAGUUAGUGACACAGACUGUGGCUCAAAAGAGAGCAUUGCUCAUGUAGUGAAGACAACCCAUUCCCAUACAGGGGAGACAAUCAAUCCUCAAACAAGGGAGACAAUCAGUCCUUCUCAAUCACCUUCCAAUCUGAACAGUGAUCUUCAAAAUUUUCACAACACAAAUCAAAAUGAAGGCAUCUCAGAAAAUGUCACACAGGGCAUUAAUCAUUCACAGUAUAAUACUUCUCCAUUGCAGGCCCACACAUCAAUACAGAAUGGAGUUUCUAAAAGUGUUAUAAACAUCAGUUUUAGUCCUAAAUCAAAAUUUAAUCCAAGUGAUAAUAAUGUAGAUAAUCCUACAAGUGAUGAAACUGCAAAUGCUGCAACAGGAGUCAGCAAAUCAAAUACAGAGAUAGAGCCACGGAUUGACCAAAAGGUUAGAUCAGCUGUCUGCGUAAAAGAACAGCUGCCUAACUUGAACAAAGAGCCCAGUGAGGGCAGUGACACUGGUGACCAUUUUGAUGAGGAGGUCGUGCUACGACCGCCUUCAUUAACUAGCCCCACAACACCCUCAAGACGAACUCAACAGAUUGUCAGUGAGGUCUUUCAUUUUUUAAAGGACAUUGACAAUGAUGGUGAAGAAGACUUGAAGGAUCUGGGUGGAGAAUUUGAACCAAGUUCUUGCGACACACUAGGGUCAGAAAUAAUCUCGGAAACAAAAUUCUCCAAUAAGGAUGUUACCAGUACUCCUCGUAAAAACUCCCUUGGCAUGAUACCACCAGCUCCAGCUCCGAAGCCCAAACGCCCAAGUUCUGCUGCUCAUAGUGUUACAAGCCAAGGUCUUCAAACCGAGCCUGUAAGUCCCUCCAGGAAAACAGGCCCCAAAAGUCCACCAUUGGUAGCCCCUAAACCAAGGCGGUCUACUUCAAGCCAGGUCCUAAAUUCACCUAGCACUCCAGUUCAAGAACAUCCCAUCGAGGAACAAGAUAUUCAAAACCAUAAUCCUACAACUCAAGAAAAUCUCCUUGCCUCGAACCCAGUUUCUACAACUGAUGGUCUCAUUCCUGAAGACCACACCCCAUGCUCAAAACUAGAAAUGCCAAGCCUAAAAACUGAUUCCAAUAUGGACAAUUUGGGCUCCAACCUAUCAAUAACAAAAGAGAGCACAUCCUUGACCUCAGACCCUACAAUUGGAAAUGAAUCUGUGAACUCUGACCUCACACUUGAUGAUGGAGGUUGGGACUUUGACACUAACAGUGAAACAAACCCGGUGGAUUCUGUCCAAACCCAAGAGGAAGUGCCAUCCAGUCCAGUGAGGAUGCGGCCAAGUUUGAGUCGUAGUGAGGCAAUAGACGAUUCACAUGUUAUCACAGGAGAUGCCCGACCAGCAGAAGAACCAGAUCAAAAUCUGACACUCCGACGCAAAAAAAGUCGAACAAGAUCGACAACAAACGACGAGGACAGUGCUGACUCGUCUGAUGAUGAUACAGGGAUCUACAACGAAAGUUAUCGUAAUUCAUGCUGGAUACAGCUUGCCGAUGAAGACUCUUCCUCGAGGACAGAAUCUCCAAACAAAGCUUCAUCCCAGUCUGUAGAUCAAACAAUUAUGGAAAGUCAGAGCGAGACCGGACUACCACAAGAGAGUCACACAGGCCCAGUAACACAGACUGUUUCCCCUCCCAGUCAUAAAGACAGUAAAGAUGAAGUGUUUGUGGAGAGUGUUUCCUACAAGGAAGGACGGUACCACAAACGUUCUGACUCCACUACCACCACAAAGUCCGAGAGUGAGUUCAAACGAGAGUACCAAUUCAGACGGAAAUGUUUUGUGCAACGGAGUGACAGCCAACAAGAAUACCACCGAUUAUCGGCUAAGUUUUAUGAUCAUGAAAGGCUACUGGUAAUCCACAGAACAGAGCCGACCUCCGACCUUGGUCUCCACAUCCUCGACAGUCAUCCUGCCAUUAUUACUUCUGUUGAUCCGGGGAGUCCAGCGGAGAAAGCUGGUGUCAAAAAAGGUCAAAUCAUCCUCAGUAUCAACCAAAUCAAUGUGUUACAGUCAAGUCAUGAUGAGAUUGUCGCCCUUGUUCUGGACAGUUCACUCCAAGUUACACUGGAAGUUGCUUCAAGUGAUGUAAGUCUCGUACGAGACCUUCAGUCUCCCAAGGUAUCAGGGUUUAUGUACAAACUCAGCAGUUCAUCAUUUGUACGGAACUGGAAAAAACGGUACUUUGUGCUCAGGAAAGAUAAUUGUCUUUACUACUACAAAAAUGAUCAGGAUAAUACAGACCCUCUCGGGGCUUUACCACUGCUCAACUACACCGUGUCCAAACACACAGACACCAGCAAGUCACACUGCUUCAAGGCGGAGAAAUAUGGUGCCAAAACCUACUACUUCUAUGUGGACACUCGGGAGGAUAUGGCCAGAUGGGUAUGUGCAAUGAACGAAGCAGCCAUGGUAUCAAAGAAAAGGAAGGAGUCCUGGAUGGAUAUUACGAGUCACAAUGUUGGAUUACCUGCCCUUGAAAUCCGACGUGCGGAGUGUACUGGAUACCUAAGGAAAAGUAACAAAGCCAUGAAGAACUGGAACAAACGAUACUGUGUCCUAAAGGACGCUUGUCUGUAUUACUAUAAAUCCAUGAAUUCACAGAACGCUCAAGGUAUGGCCCAUCUCCAUGGUUACCGAGUAGAUCUGACAGGUAUACCUGUAAAGCCAUUUAGUUUCAUUCUCCAGCCUCCAGAAAAUCAGAUGAGGACAUUUUACUUUGUUGCAGAGAAUGAAACAGACAAACUGAGAUGGGUGGAAGCUCUGAGGAAGUCAGUCGAGCGAUGGAUCAAGGUGGAUUAAAUUUUGAGAUCCAUUCAGAUUGACAUCAGAGAAGUACCAGGACAGUCAAACAAUGGAUCGGAGGAGCCAUGCAUACCACUUUACAUGGGAGGAUUACUGGAACUUCCAUCGAUUGAUCAAGAUGGAUUGUAUUUAGUGUUGUGUAACGUUUAUACCCAACAAAGUUGUUUCUGGAGCAUACUGCUCCAGCUUUUGGGGUCAAGUUCUCAGAAAGAAGUGAUUUUACCUCAUCAGUUUGAUUGAGGAAGUUAUCGCUUUGCAAAUAUCAAUCAAGUUUGUUUUCCUGUGGCGAUAUAUUCCACAUGUUAAUUGUCAUUAGAGCUGUUAUGUUUAAUUUUGUUAUGAGUUGUUUUAUUACAUUGUAAUUUUACUGAAUGAGGGUUUCUGGUGUGAAAAUCAUAAUAUUUUACAUUCCCAUGACAAUGGCACGAUAUAAAUCUACUUGAAAGAAGCGUCAUUUAGAGGACUGUAAAUGUCAUCUGUUGUAUACCUGUUACGAUGUCAUGCAGACAGCAGUUGUUGACUGUCAGAAUGGCUGUCCAUUCUACAGGACCACAGUAAUGAAUAACUGAUCAUAGUUUAAAUCCACAUGUAAAUAGAAUUUAUAUGAAACAACAAAAGAUGUAGGAAAUGUGAUGAUUGAUCUGAUAUAGUGUUCACAGUCAUUAGAGUCAUAUUGGAGCUUUCCAGGAAAAUGAUGAAUUGUGUGUUAGUUUAUCUUUAAAAGUCUGUCAUAAUAGUGAUUUAUAA